GGUCAUGGCGGAUAAAACAAAAUAAAACUGUCAAAUGCCAAAAUAAUUUUUUAUAGAAAGCUUGUUUUGUGUGUUUACACUACACUUUUACUUUUUGCAGUUUAAUUUCUAAUUAACUCGAAAUUCAUAUAAAACAUUGAAAACAAUAAUUCAUAAUGCAUCGUCGCGGCGGCAAAAGAAUUCGCCUGGACGAUCCGCCGCCGGAAUACGAUAACCCGAUGACGCCCCAUCACGAACAGGAUUAUUAUGGGGCCAAUUCGAAUUACGUGCAUCACGCCGGAGAACCUUCUUAUGCGGAACAGGCGGGCACAUCUUCGGAUGGUCUUUUCGAAUCGCCCCCGACGCCAGGGCAGGGCAGACGAAUGACCCGGGCAAGAGCCAGAGGUAUAACAAAUCCACCACCGCUUCCGAUAUCGUAUUCUCCACCGCCGGAAAAACCUGGAAGAGGACGAGGCAGAGGAAGACCGCCAGGAAGAAAAAACAAUGCGACAUUAGAGCUACAAUUCCACACUCACAAUAUCGAUGACGAUUCUCUCUAUAAUGUCAUUAAAGGCGGCAGAGUUUCCUUGACUAAUGUUGUAGAUGAUUGGAUAGAAAGUUACAAGGUAAAUCGUGAGGCGGCCCUUAUUUCUCUGAUGCAAUUUUUCAUAAAUGCCGCUGGAUGUAAAGGCAGGAUAACUCAAGAAAUGCAAGCUCAGAUGGAGCACGCGACUAUAAUUCGAAAAAUGACUGAAGAGUUUGAUGAAGAAUCCGGAGAAUAUCCACUUAUUAUGGCGGGACAGUCAUGGAAAAAGUUCAGGCAGAAUUUCUGUGAUUUCGUGCAAACUUUGGUCAAACAGUGUCAGUACACUAUUAUCUAUGAUCAGUUUUUGAUGGAUAAUGUUAUUUCACUUUUAACUGGAUUGUCUGAUUCUCAAGUCAGAGCCUUUAGACAUACAGCCACACUGGGAGCGAUGAAACUGAUGACAGCCCUAGUAGAUGUCGCUCUAACAGUGUCAAUAAACUUGGACAACACUCAACGGCAGUAUGACUCAGAACGGCAAAAGUCCAGGGAAAAUAGAGCCAGCGAUCGUUUAGAAGCGCUGCUGGGCAAAAGGCAGGAACUGGAAGAGAACAUGGACGAAAUUAAAAACAUGCUGACUUACAUGUUUAAAUCAGUGUUCGUGCACCGGUACAGGGACACUUUGCCAGAAAUCAGGGCUAUCGCUAUGACAGAAAUUGGCGUUUGGAUGCACAAAUUUCAUGCCAACUUUUUGGACGAUUCGUAUUUGAAGUAUAUUGGAUGGACUCUUCAUGACAAAGUUGGCGAAGUUCGACUGAGAUGCCUGCAGGCCCUUCAACCCUUAUACGCAAGUGAAGAACUAAAAGGAAAACUUGAACUAUUCACAAACAAAUUCAAAGACAGGAUUGUCGCCAUGACUUUAGACAAAGAAUACGAUGUUGCCGUACAAGCAGUAAGGCUGGUUAUUUCAAUUUUGAAGCACCACAUCGAAAUUUUAACUGAUAAAGAUUGCGAACACGUGUACGAAUUGGUAUAUUCGUCGCACAGAGCUGUGGCUCAAGCUGCCGGUGAGUUUUUGAACGAAAGACUGUUUCAACCGGCCGAUAUGGAUGCCGGUAAAACUAGAAGGGGCAAAAGGCGUCUGCCUAAUACGCCUUUUAUCAGAGAUUUGGUUCAGUUUUUUAUUGAAUCGGAAUUGCACGAACAUGCAGCCUAUUUGGUCGAUUCUCUAAUUGAAUCAAAUACCAUGAUGAAAGACUGGGAAUGUAUGACUGAUUUGUUGUUGGAGGAACCUGGACCACACGAGGAACCAUUAGAUAAUAGGCAAGAAACUAGUUUAAUUGAAAUUAUGGUGUGCUGUGUGAAACAAGCAGCAACUGGUGAAGCUCCUGUUGGAAGAGGACCCAACAGAAAAAUAUCUUCAUUGAGAGAAAUUAAACAAACCAGCGAAGACAAACAGAAACUCACAGAACACUUUAUUGUUACACUACCACCUUUACUAGAUAAAUUUUCAGCAGAUCCUGAAAAAUUAGCGAAUCUUCUUAGCAUUCCGCAACAUUUCGAUCUUGAUCUAUACACCAGCGGAAGACAAGAAGGUUCUCUACAAGCCUUAUUGGCAAAAUUGAAGUACAUUGUCCAAGUACACCACGAACCAGAGGUAUUAGAAACUUUGGCUAAAACUCUGGAAACUCUUUGCACAGAAGGUCAUUCGAUUUACACAAGAUGUGAUGUUGCCAGAUCGACUAUUAUGGACGUAAUAGUUGCAGCUUACAAAGAAGCCAUCGACGAUUGGAGGAAUUUAUUGUUGGGAGAAGAAACCCCAAACGCUGAUGAAAUAUUCAAUGUUGUCAGCUCGUUGAAAAAAGUUUCAAUGUUUUAUGCUUGUCAUAAUUUGAACCAGUGGGACCUUUGGGACACUUUUUUCCAAGACUUUAAGGAUAUUGAAAGUAAAAUGCCGCAAGACGCUCUAAAAUAUUGUGUAAGUUCCUGUUACUUUUACUUGCUUUGGGGCUUGAGAGAUUUGGAGGCUGCUCAAGAAAGAGGAAGUCUACAACAUUCCGACGUUCAAGAGUUACGGAAUAAACUCGAUGUAUUUAUUGAAGCUUCUCAAAUUCUAAUCCGUGCAUCACCUCAUGUGGUUAUCAAAGAGGAGGCUUAUGUUGGACUGUGUGAUUUGUUGAUAAUAUUCAGUGAUCAAUUGAAAUCCGCUCAUGAGUAUUUGGGUGAACUUUCCUGUACCCCUAACAAAGAGUUGCAAGAUCUUUUAAACGAAUUUGUACAAAUGUACGUCUUUAUUUCUGAGCAGGACAACGAUAAUGAUGAGCCUCAGAUAGAGGAGCUGCAUAAAAGGAGAAACUUUUUGGCGGCUUAUUCUAAGUUGAUAGUUUACAAUAUUAUGCCUACUAAAGCAGGAGCGGAAGUCUUUAAAAACUACGUAAAAUACUAUAACGACUUUGGAGACAUCAUAAAAACCACCUUAGGCAAAGCCAGAGAAAUAAAUAAAGUAAACUGCGCUUUAACAAUGUGCCUCAGCUUGAAUAUGAUGUUCAACGAAGUGCAGAGGGCUGGCGGGAGGAAUGUGAGACAACAAGAAGAAUUCUUCGCAUUGAAGGAAUUAGCUAAAAGGUUUGCUCUCUCAUUUGGCCUGGACGCCCUCAAAAAUCGCGAAGCAAUCACGGCUUUGCAUCGAGCAGGCAUUUUAUUCGCUGUCACCGGAGCUGAAAAUGCUGAAGAUCCAACCGGACCACCUCCGAAUUUACCAUUUUUGGAAAUUCUCGCCGAAUUCACCAAUAAACUUUUGAAGCAAGAUAAAAAAGUUGUGAUGACAUUUUUGGACAGGAGAAUACACACUGGUAUGCCUAGUAGCAGAGGCGAAGAUUGGCAACCAUUACAACUCUACAGGAAUUCAUUGCUACAUGGAGAAACUGACCAGUUGCCUACUACAAGCAAGAGAGCUUACGGAAGAAAGCGUAAAGAUCCAGAAUCGGAACAUGACGAUGAUACAUUGUCAGAUCAAGAGUUCCCUGGAAAUUUAUAUGGAUUUGGAACCUCUUAGCCUACUAUGCUGCAACAGUCUAACCAACUAAUAUGCUGAAGUCUAUGGAUGGAUUCAUUUCUGCAGUCUCUUAAAUUGUGAAUAAUUAUUUUAAAUCAAAGUCAAGCAGGCAAUUUUACAUUUUUUACAAUAAAUCAUUGCUGAGAAGAUUGGUAGGUAUGAGGCCCAAUUUAUUAGUUUCAGCUACAUUUUUUAUUAUUGUUGUAAUACAAUAUAUGUACAGUGUGUCCCAUUUUGUUUGUACAUAGGGGUUAUCUCAGUUGUUAUUGGAGUUAAAAGGAUGAGGUUCUCAUGAACUUUGGCUACUUUUUCGACAAACGAAAGAUGGCGUCAGCAGAAUUGUAAUCGCCCUUUUUGUUUUUCAGAUACAAGGUGUUUUUGAAAAAGUUGCAUUUGAGACACCCUUUGUAUCUCUAGAUCUUUUAACGUAGAUUUCCAGUGGCUUAGUCAGUUUUUCUCUAGAAGUGAUAGUUUUUAAAUAGUCUACCAAACAUACGUUUUUUCAAAUGAGACCCUUAUAUUAUUAACUCAUUGGAUAGCUCUGAUUUUGCUGAUUUCAAUGAUAUAAAAUUUGAUUGGUUUAUCUUUAACAGUUUUUGAGCAAUUUUUUUUUUUUUUCUGUUUUUAUCAUAAGAAACAAUGAGAUAUCUCUUAUGUACAACCAAAAUUGGACACACUGUACAUAUCUUUGAGGUUUGAGGAAGUCAUAAACUCGAAAGUUAGUUUUGUUAACCAUGGAAAUAAAAAAGUACUGAUUUCAAGACACUUUGCUUAUUAAUAUGAUUUUUUUGGGAUCAAGUUAAAAUUUUCAAAAACUUAGCAUUUUGUCCCUAUUUCCCCUAUGGCGUUUACUAUAAGUGUUGAUUUAUGAGUACAUACUUUUUUUUUGUAAAAGUAAAAACGCUUCUUUUAAUACAGCAAGCUGGAAAAUUAUUUUCAUGUUUUUUGGUA